CUGAGCGAGACGUGUCAGACUGCAUCUUGCUGUCUAAAGAGGUGAUAUUUCACAAUGAAGCGUGCUGCAGCUUUUCUGGCGUUGCUGCUCUGUCUGUACUGGACGAGGGCUCAGGGUGAGAGUGGAGGGCUGACAGAGAAUGAUGUCACUCAGACUGAGGUUCAGUCUGAGAUCCUGGGUGUCAAAGCAACCAAUGAUCAGACUAACAUCACCCCUGAUAUCUCGGCUGAGCUGGAGGAGCUGAGAGACAUGGUGAUCCAACACAGUGUGGAACUGAGGAAGCUGGAGCAAGAGAAUACAGCCAUACAGGCCAGACUGACAGCCAGUGAAAUCAAGAAUGCAGUUUUGGAGGCCAGAAUCACCGCCAGUGAAAAUUUGGUGGAUGAGCUCGAGACGGAGAACAUUUUGUUGGAGGUCAGAGUGAGCUCCAAUGAAAACGAGGUGGAGGAGCUCCAGAGAGAGAAUGCAGAACGACCAAAGGUGGCGUUUUCUGUCGGACUCACUGACGCAGGACAAGUUGGACCCUUCAGUGCUGACAUCACACUUAAGUUCAGUAAGAUUUUCACCAACAUCGGCGAGGCUUAUAACCCAUCUACAGGUGUCUUUACAGCCCCAGUCAGAGGAACCUACUACUUCAGAUUCAACGCUCGGGAAUCACAUGAUACAAAGUUAGUAGGAAUUAAACUGUAUCACAAUGACAAGCAAAUUACUCUCUCUUUUGAUAGAGUUGUUAGCCAUGGUUAUGUCACCGUGUCUAAUGCAUUUGUUCUUCAACUGGAAAAGGGAGAUGUGAUCUAUCUGGAUCUCUGGGAAAACUGCAGUGUUUAUGAUGAUCGCUAUAAUCAUACCACUUUUAGUGGAUUCCUACUUUUUGCUAUGUGAGAUCUGCUGU